AUGAAUCUGCCUCAAUUCGAACGCUUUCCAGUUCAUGAGGAUCCCACCAAUGUUGGUGUCAGGUGGGAAAAGUACAUGAAGCGGAUGGAGAAUUUCUUCACUGCCUUCCAGAUCACAGAUGAUGCUCAGAAGAGAGCAUUGUUGUUACACUAUGCUGGUCCAGAGGUUUCGGAUAUCUUUGAUACACUCCCAGGGACAGGUACAGAUUUUAAAGGUGCUAAAGAUGCACUUGACAAGCAUUUCUCUCCAGCUCUUAACGUCGAGUAUGAACGCUUUGUUUUUCGCCAAUGUAAACAAUCAACAGAUGAAACCGUUGAACAAUACCAUCUCAGACUUCAACAACUCUCUGCAACUUGUAAGUUUGCAAACACCAGUAGUGAAGUCAAGUCCCAAAUCAUCAUGGGGUGUACGUCAAGUAAACUCCGCAGAUACGCCCUGCGGGAGGAGGUAACCUUGCAGAAACUCCUCAUGUCGGCGAAAACUUUCGAACAAGCAGAUCGACAUGCCACUGCUAUAGAAGCUAAUUCUCAAGAUGCAGUCCAAGCUGUGAAAUAUCAACCAGCACCUGCUCCAGCUACAAAUACAAACCGUUUUCAACGAUCUCGCAAUUAUCCAUCUAGAUCCUCCACUAAGUGUCGCAACUGUGGUGGGGCAUUUCCUCACAAGCAGGACAAACCAUGCCCGGCAAAAGGUAAACAGUGCCAUUCGUGCGGGAAAAUGAACCAUUUCGCCAAAUAUUGCCGAUCUAAACCUACCCCGCAAAAGACGAUCCAAGCUUCUACACAUACUUCGGCACAGUCUACGGUAGACGACACCACUCAUGACCCUGAUGGCGACGCUUAUGCCUUUCAAUUUAACAUCAACUCGAAAAAGGGCAAUAAACCAAUGGUGAUGGUUAGUGUUGAUGAUAAUGAGCCCCUUUCAGCACUGAUUGACACUGGUUCUUCGGUGAUGAUGAUGAGCAAUGAAACAUUCAGUCGUCUUAGGUCCAAGCCUCAUCUCGUCACACCUUCCAUCCCAGUGUAUGCUUAUGGUAGCUCUACUCCUCUUGAUGUGAUUGGGACCUUCCAUGCAACUGUCAGAUACAAGUCAAAAUCGACGAAAGCUAAAGUCUUUGUUACCUCUCACAAUGGAGACACGCUUUUAGACAUCACCACGGCCACAGACCUAGACCUCAUUGCUCUCACGUAUAACUUGCAACCAGAGCAGACAUAUGCAGACCGUUUCAGUGGGAUUGGUAAGCUAGCUAACUACAAGUGUCACCUUCAUGUCGACAAGUCGGUGCAGCCUGUUGCUGUUCCGCACCGACGGAUCCCGUUUCACCUUCGAAAACAGGUGGAGAGCGAACUUGACAAACUGCAGAAACUUGAUGUCAUAGAACCAGUUUCCCACACACCUACACCUUGGGUCUCUCCGAUUACUGUUGUUCAAAAGCGAAAUCGUGAAGACAUACGCAUUUGCGUCGACAUGCGCAAUGUCAAUAAGGCUGUCAUCCGUGAGCGCCACGUAAUGCCAACAGUGGAUGACCUCAUCUCCGCUCUGAAUGGUGCCACAACCUUCAGUAAGAUGGAUCUCAAUUCAGGCUACCAUCAGCUAGAACUAGAUGAGGACUCUCGCCAAUACACCGUCUUCUCAACUCAUGCAGGCCUUUAUAGAUAUAAACGUCUUAAUUUUGGAGUCUCCUCAGCGUCAGAGAUUUUCCAGCAUGCAAUCCAAGCAACGCUUCACGACCUACCUGGUGUCCUAAAUAUCAGCGAUGAUAUUCUUGUGUUUGGCACCAACAAGGCUCAACACAAUGCUCGUUUGGAAGCAGUCCUCAAGCGCCUCCGUGAAGUGAACUUAACACUCAAUCAGAGCAAGUGUGUUUUCAACACUGACCAUGUGGAAUACUUUGGCCAUGUCUUUUCAGCCAAAGGUAUCAGUCCUGAUCCCAAGAAGGUCGAAGCCAUCCAGUCUAUGCCUGAACCUCAGAACGUCUCUGAAGUACGCAGCUUCUUGGGUAUGGUAAACUAUUGUGCCCGAUUCAUCCCAGGCCUCGCCUCCGUUUCUGCGCCUCUUCGCCACCUAACAAAGGCCGACUCUGAGUGGGAAUGGGGCACCUCACAAGCAGACGCCUUCGCUCAGAUCAAACAGCGUGUUUCACAGUCCUGUACUAUGGCAUACUUCAAUCCAGCAAGCAAGACUGAACUCAUUGUUGAUGCAAGCCCCCACGGCCUUGGUGCGCUCUUAGUUCAACAUGACGAUCAUGACAACACUGUUCCUGUCGCUCUUGCUAGCAGGGCUCUUACAGAGGUUGAACAACGUUACUCCCAAACUGAACGCGAAGCCCUUGCUAUCACAUGGGCCAUUAUCCAUUUCCAUGUGUACCUCUAUGGUGGUUCUUUCGUCGUGACUACAGAUCACAAGCCACUGGUCACGCUCUUCAAUAGCCCCACUGCCAAGCCACCACUUCGAUUAGAGCGAUGGAUUUUGAAGCUCCAGCCAUAUGAUUUCAACGUUCAGUACCGUCCAGGCAAGCAUAACCCUGCUGACUAUAUGUCGCGUCAUCCGCUAUCUACGGAGAUGUCCUCUUCGGAUAAUGAGUGCCUAGCUGAAGCUCAUGUCAGUUUUGUAGCAGGUCACGCCGUUCCUAAGACAACGACCUUGUCUGACAUCACAGCUGCUACAAAACAGGAUCCUGUCCUCCAGGUUGCCAUUGACGCGUUGGUAAAUGACAACUGGAAAGAUGUUCUCGCACAUGCCACCGACACCAAAUCAGAACUCCAAAGCCUGUUCAAUGUUCGUGAUGAGCUCACUGUGUCAAAUGAGAGGGAUUUUCUUCUCCGUGGUAAUCGCAUCGUCAUCCCUCAAUCCCUUCGCCAGCAAAUAAUUGACAUAGCUCACGAAGGACACCAAGGGAUCACGAAAACAAAGAGUCUUCUUCGUGAGAAAGUUUGGUUUCCGUCCAUAGACCGAAUGACCGAGAAGACAGUCCGUGAUUGUCUAACCUGCCAAACAAACACAAUCGAACACUCGAAAGAGCCAUUGCUUAUGUCACCUUUGCCCAAGAAACCGUGGUCAGAGAUAAGCGUAGAUUUUGCCGAUCUUCCUACAGGAGAGCAUCUCCUAGUGGUCAUUGAUGACUAUUCGCGGUUCCCAGAAGUGGAAAUUGUUUCCUCUACUUCCGCUAGACAAGUAAUUCCAAAGCUUGAUAGAAUCUUUUCCAGUUUUGGGGUUCCCGACGUUGUUCGCUCCGACAAUGGUCCGCCGUUUAACGGUCGAGAGUUUGCGGAUUUUGCACGAUAUUUGGGAUUCCAACACAGACGCGUGACACCUCGUUGGCCACAAGCAAACGGCGAAGUCGAACGGUUCAUGAAAACACUGAAGAAAGCGUAUCGUUCCGCAAUCGCAGAAAACAGAUCAUGGAAGCAGGAGCUCUAUAAGUUCUUACGCAAUUACCGAGCUACCCCUCAUUCCACAACUGGUGUUCCGCCAGCGACACUACUUUUUGGAAGAGCAGUUCGCACACGCCUUCCAGAGCAUGCUUCUUCAGAUCAUCAGCCUCUCGAUGGUUCCCUUCGCUCUCGUGAUCAUGCCAAGAAAGAGCGUAUGAAAACCUAUGCUGACAGCCGCGGCACAACUCGUAGCACGGAAAUCAAAGACGGUGACACCGUGCUUGUUCGACGCGAUGGUCUGGUUCCCAAACAUCAGUCCCCGUAUCUUCCUCAGCCAUACACAGUGAUCAGAAAGAGAGGAACCCGCAUCACUGCCCGUUGUGGUAACCAUUACAUCACGCGUAAUUCGUCACGUUUCAAGCGAUAUUGUGGACCUCUUCCUCGCUCUGCUCCUGAUGAUGAUGAAAUCGAUUUUGACAUCGCACUCGAUGCCCGUGAUGUACCACAACCACCACGUUUGGCUCAACCGCGUCGAAACCCCCAGCGUAAUCGCCACCCCCCAAUCCGUUUACGCGAUUUUGUUUCUUGA